UCGGGUACUUUUAAUUUAAAUUAUUCUAAGCAAUCCAUGUAUUCUUAAUUGUUUGCAGUGUUUGGUUUUCCUAACACAACAAGUAGUUUUUGAAAAAAAGUCCCAAUAUGUCGGAUAGAAGUGACAGAAAAGCUGAAUUGGAACGCAAGAAGGCACGCCUCGCUCAAAUUCGAGCUGAAAAGCAGAAAAAAGCUCCAGCCAAGAAAGAAGAAAAAGUCUCAGUUGCUGUUUCAUCUGAUUUAGACAAGAUAAAACCAACUGCAGCUGCUCCUUCAUCUCCAAAGAAAGUUACAGAUACUGGAGAUGGACAAUACUACAGACCAAGGCAACCAAAACCAACAAAACUUUCUCAAAGCAAAAUAACUCUCACUUCUAUUCCUCCAAAAGAAGUAGUCACGUAUUCUAAAGAAUGUCAGACUCCUGUGGAAACACAACAGCAAGAUUCUGAAGAUGAGACUGAAAAUGUGAAAGAUGAUGUUCAAGAGAAAGAAGACAAGUUGGAUGAACUUUCAUUAGAAGAAGAGGAAGAAUUGUUGGAAUCAGCGAUCCGAGAGCUAUCUGAGCAGGAGCGAGACAUCAUUGAAACAUCGGAAGAUUACAUUCAGUUCAUCUCAAGAUCAUCAAGAUUCAUGGACCGAGCGCUCUCGCAUCGAAUCGAUCUUUUUACUGAAUACAGUUCACAAGUGGAAGAAGAAAGUGAAAUAGAUCGAGGAAUGAAAUUAUCGGUGAAUCGAAUAUUUUCUGAUGAACGAUGGUCGAGACAUAGAGUGGUUACUUCAUUAGAUUGGAGCACUCAUCAUCCUGAGUUAUGUGUUGCAUCAUAUGGUAACAAUGAGGAAGCUCCGUAUGAACCUGAAGGAGUUGCUCUAGUGUGGAACAGCAAAUAUAAAACUACAACUCCUGAGUACACCUUCCAUUGCCAGUCAUCGGUAACUGCUGCUUGCUUUGCUAAGUUUCACCCAAACUUAGUGGUUGGUGGGACGUACAGUGGACAGAUUGUGAUGUGGGACAACCGUAGUAACAAGCGUACAGCACAACGAAGCAAACUUUCCACAGCAGCUCAUACCCACCCUGUGUAUUGCUUGGAUGUGGUUGGCACACAGAACGCACAUAACCUGAUAUCUGUAUCAACAGAUGGUAAACUUUGUUCAUGGAGUCUUGAUAUGCUAACACAACCACUGGAAGCAAUGGAGCUUCAACACAAGCAAUCGAAAUCAGUAGCAGUGAUGAGCAUGGCAUUCCAACACAAUAAUGUUAAUAACUUUGCCAUUGGUGCUGAGGACGGUUCCUUAUAUACAGCGUGCAGACAUGGAAGCAAAACAGGAAUAAGCGAUUUAUAUGAAGGACACAACGGACCGGUGUCUGGAGUCGAUUUCCAUCGAUCACCCGGUCAGCUUGACUUCUCCCAUCUAUUACUGACUUCUUCAUUUGAUUGGUCCAUCAAGCUUUGGUCUCUAAAAAGUGGUUCGCGUACCUGUUUACAUUCCUUCCAAGACCACAGUGAUUGCGUAUAUGAUGUUGCUUGGUCUCCCGUUCACCCUGCUUUGUUUGCCAGUGGUGACUGCUCUGGUAGAUUGGACUUGUGGAACGUCAAUUCAGACGCUGAGGUUCCAGUUGUUUCAUCAGUAAUUGAUUCAGCUCCUGCCAUCAAUAAGUUAAGAUGGAAUGGAAGUGGAAGCCAGAUAGCCAUCGGUGAUUACAUGGGUCGUGUGCACCUAUGUGAAGUGGGAGAGCAAUUAUCGCAACCAAGACAAGACGAAUGGUCACGCUUUGUUGGUAGUUUGACCGAGAUACGCAACGCUCAUCAGGAAGAAGAAGAAGCAAGAAAUGUUUCCCGACAACUAUGAACCAAUAUCUAGGUUCGAAUUUUCUCUGUCAGACUUACAUGUUCCAAAUGUAUUAUGUUUCCUGUGGUAAAGAAACAUAGGCAGGCCUUUAUAUUACUGUAGCACUAAAAUGAAACACAUUACAAAAUUCACUACAACAGCACCCUGUUCCAAUUAAUUGUCUAACAAAUCACUAUGUAGGUUUUUUAGUUCAAUUCACGGCAAUUUUAAUUCUCUAAUCUAAUUUACACAUAUAUGCUGCUAGUAACAGGUGCUGUGUCGAAGAUUCUAAUUGUGUUGGGUUGUGUAGCUUUUUCUGCAUUUAAUGCUGCAUAGUCACCAAGUGUUAGGCAUGUUACUGUCGUAAUCAUGGCUAUUACAUGUAUUACCUGAUACGUAAGCGAAAUAUUCGUAUUUAUUUUCUCUGUAAAUCCAUAUUUAAGAUUUUGUUUUAUAGCGUACCUUAAAAAAUGGACAAACAUUUCAAAGCAAAUUUUUCCCAAAAUUGCACUUUUUUUCUCGCUGUUAUAUUCCAUGACAGUUACGUUUUGUUUUGGUAAGGUGACAUGUCAUUGCGGGUAUAAAAUCAAUGGAAACUAAAGUAUAUCUAUAAGAGCGUUUCGAGGUACUGUUACCGUUUAGUUCAUCGAAUAAACUAUUCUUCUGCAUGAGA